CCUGUCUGUGCACGCGCUCAUUCACUUGACCGUUGCGGUCUGGGUACUCGCGUGAUGUGGCUAAGCUAGCUGUCAGUCAGUCAGUCGGUCAGCCAGCCGCCGGAUGUACCUGGACGCGCGUCGCUGUCGUCGUCCGUCUUGACAUUCCCCUCAAACAUUCCCGGACGAAUUCGUGUCGACUGACCAGAGUCCGCGAAUUCCCGUCCCACUCCCUGGUGGUCGUCGAGCCCCCCGCCCCCACCACUACACCGCUCGGGCUGCUUAACUUGCCGGCUAACGUGCGGACGAGUGGAGAGCCCUGAACCGAAGAACCACACCCAGACAAGAUGUCCCUUCACCAGUUUCUGCUGGAGCCCAUCACCUGCCACGCGUGGAACCGCGACAGGACGCAGAUUGCCAUCAGCCCCAACAACCAUGAAGUUCAUAUUUAUAAGAAGAGUGCCAACCAGUGGGUUAAGACUCACGAGCUGAAGGAGCACAAUGGACACAUUACAGGCAUCGACUGGGCCCCCAAGAGCGACCGCAUCGUGACUUGCGGCGCCGACCGCAACGCGUACGUGUGGUCGCAGAAGGAGGGCGUGUGGAAGCCCACGCUCGUCAUCCUCAGGAUCAACAGAGCCGCCACCUUUGUGAAGUGGUCCCCGCUGGAGAACAAGUUUGCGGUGGGCAGCGGCGCGCGGCUCAUCUCUGUCUGCUACUUUGAGUCGGAGAACGACUGGUGGGUGAGCAAGCACAUCAAGAAGCCCAUCCGCUCCACCAUCCUCAGUCUGGACUGGCACCCCAACAACGUGCUGCUGGCCGCCGGCUCCUGUGACUUCAAGUGCAGGGUAUUCUCAGCCUACAUUAAGGAGGUGGAGGAGAAGCCAGGCCCGACGCCUUGGGGCAGCAAGAUGCCUUUCGGGGCUGUUCUAGCCGAAUUCGGCGGAGCAGGAGGAGGAGGUUGGGUCCACUCUGUGUCCUUCUCGGCCUCCGGGAACCGCCUGGCGUGGGUCAGCCACGACAGCACGGUCACUGUGGUGGACAGCUCCAAGACCGCCUGUCCUUUGCAGCUGAAGACGGAGUUCUUGCCUCUGCUCAGCGUUUGCUUUGUGUCUGAGAACAGCCUCGUGGCCGCCGGCCACGACUGCUGCCCCAUGCUGUUCCGCUGCGACGACGGUGGCACGCUGACCUUCAUGUCCAAGCUGGACCUGCCCAAGCAGAGCAUCCAGAGGAACAUCUCGGCCAUGGAGCGCUUCCGCAACAUGGACAAGAGGGCCACCACCGAGGACCGCAACACUGCGCUGGAAACGCUGCACCAGAACAGCAUCACCCAAGUGUCUAUCUACGAGGGAGACAAAAGGGACUGUCGCAAGUUCUGCACCACCGGCAUUGAUGGCGCCAUGACAAUUUGGGACUUCAAGAGUCUAGAAGCUUCUAUCCAGGGUCUCUGCAUCAUGUGAAGAAAUGUUGUGAAUGGAGCGGAGGCAAAAUGGAGACGCUGCGUACUCACCAACACUUGCCCUUUGCUCCCCCAUUGCAACACACGCGCACGCACACACACACACACACACACACACACACACACACACACACACACACACAUUGAACUGACGUGUGACAUCACUGUUGAUUUUCUCGAGUUGCUGUUUGUUUUUAAAUGAAGCCAGAAAGGAGGUUCCGUAUUAUUAAAAAAAGUGUGACUUGUGUGUGUUUUUUUUCUUCCCCCCUUUUUUUCAUGUUCUCUAACCUCUUCCAAAGUACCAAAAGUUCAACACUAAGCUACGUUUUAUCACAAAAAAAUAUAGGAAUAAAAAUCAGACUGAAUAUCACCACGGCUGAGCCUCCACGUGAAUAUAUCAACGCGGCGUCGCGGUAACUGAUGUUUUCUCUCACUCCCCGCGCCGUCGCAGCUCUGUAGUGGUGAGAAGCUCAUGUAUUAUGGAGGAUGUCUGUGUCAUGUGAGUUUAAAUAAAUGCAUUUACAGAACAC